AUGGGUGUCUCUAUUUCCAAGUUGUUUUCAGGUCUUUUCGGCCACAAAGAAAUGCGUAUCUUGAUGGUUGGUCUUGAUGCUGCUGGUAAGACCACCGUUUUGUACAAGCUUAAAUUGGGUGAAAUCGUUACCACCAUCCCAACCAUUGGGUUCAACGUCGAGACCGUGGAGUACAAGAACAUCUCCUUCACCGUUUGGGAUGUCGGUGGACAAGAUAAGAUCCGUCCAUUAUGGAGAUAUUACUAUCAAAACACUCAAGGGAUCAUCUUUGUGGUUGAUUCUAACGAUAGAGAUCGUAUUGCUGAAGCUCGUGAGGAAUUACAACAGAUGUUGAAUGAAGAUGAAUUGAGAGACGCGUUAUUAUUGGUGAUGGCCAACAAACAAGAUUUGCCAAAUGCCAUGAAUGCUGCUGAAAUUACCGAAAAAUUGGGCUUACACCUGAUUAGACAAAGACCUUGGUAUAUCCAAGCCACCUGUGCCACAUCUGGUGAUGGGUUGUACGAAGGUUUGGAAUGGUUGAGUACCAAUUUGAAGAGCUCUACCUAA